UCCUCGGCUCCACCACGCAGAGAGGGAGCCUGCAGUGCUCCUCUGGCAACACUGGGGGCGGAGUUUGACCUCUCAAGUCUCCAAAUAUCACUAAUCCUCGUCGGACAUUCUGGCUCUGACCAUCACUGGCCUCGUUCGCCCAAAAAAGGGAGGAAUCUUCCCGCAAUGAGGACGCGGUGAGAGCGCUCGUGCCUGGCGGAGCGCGUGUGGUCGGUCUGCUGCACUAUGACAGUGUUGCUCGGCUCCUUCUGCAGUCGCUUCUUCUAGCCAGGUUUGUUUGGUUUUUUUUUUUUUUUGGGCUUGGAUUUUGCGCAUUGACAGCUGGAGCUCCGUGCUCCUUCAUCGGAGGAGUCAAGUGUCCGCUCCCCGGCGAGCUGACGUUCAAUGUUGAGCAGCCGCUGGCGUCUCCGCGGCCCCCCGGCUGGUCCACGCCAUGCGUUCCACUAACCGCUCUGGAGGUGCGUGGGGGUAAGAUGGACGCAGCCCAUGGCCGGACCUCCGCCACCCAGCAUGUCCAGCUCCAGCAAGUCCACCCCACAUUCAGGAGAAGCUGUCAGCUCUAGCUCUAUGGCCUGGGUGAAGAUGUUUAAGAAACCCGGAGGAGGAAUGAAGAAGUCCUACCAGCCGGGAAGCAUGUUGUCUCUCGCCCUCACCAAGGGUCUCCUGAAUGAACCGGGGCAGAACAGCUGCUUCCUAAACAGUGCUGUUCAGGUUCUCUGGCAGCUCGACAUUUUCAGGAGGAGUUUGCGGCAUCUGUCUGGUCACUUUUGUCUCGGCGACUCCUGCAUUUUCUGCGCACUCAAGAGUAUAUUCAGCCAGUUCCAGCAGAGUCGGGAGCGUGUCCUCCCCUCCGACAGCCUGCGCAACGCCCUCGCUGAGACUUUCAAAGAUGAGCAGCGCUUCCAACUGGGCCUGAUGGAUGAUGCAGCGGAGUGUUUUGAAAACAUCCUGGAGAGGAUUCAUCUGCACAUCGUCUCCGACGCAGCGACCGACGCUUGUUCAUCCAAGUCUUGUAUCACUCAUCAGAAGUUUGCCAUGAUGCUUUACGAGCAGUUCGUCUGCCGCUGCUGCGGCGCCUCCUCGGACCCUCACCCCUUCACUGAGUUUGUUCAUUAUGUGUCAACGACUGCUUUAUGCCAACAGGUCGACCGCAUGCUGGGGAAGAGCGAGCGUCUGCGAGCGGACAUGUUCGGAGAGUUGCUGCAGGCAGCAAACAACACGGGGGAUUUGAGGAGCUGCCCUAGCGACUGUGGUCAGAGCAUCAAGAUCCGCCGCGUGCUCAUGAACUGUCCUGAGAUUGUCACAAUAGGGUUUGUGUGGGACGCCGAGCAGUCGGAUCUGACCGACGACGUGAUUCGGUCCCUCGCACCUCGCUUAAAUUUGUGUGGGCUCUUUAACAGAGUCACUGAUGAAAAUGCCAAACGCAGCGAGCUUCAUCUGGUGGGGAUGAUCUGCUUUUCAAGUAAACAUUACUCAGCGUUUGCGUAUCACACCAAAUCUUCAAAGUGGAUGUUUUUCGAUGACGCCACAGUGAAAGAGAUCGGCUCCAAGUGGAAAGACGUGGCUUCCAAGUGCAUCAGAGGACACUUUCAGCCCCUGCUUUUGUUUUACACCAAUCCUGAGGGGACACCAGUGUCCAAUGAAGAUGCACCGAGGCAAACCACCAUGUGUCCGCGCUACAAAGCCCAAGUCAACGGUGAUGCGACAGUGAAGAAUCCUCUGGGCAGUCCAAAGCAGCUCCACGAACCCUUCAUGGAGAACUUGAGAUCCGGUGAUACGUCUAAAAAGGAUAGAGGCCACAGAAGAAACGAUCACAGAGAUGCUGCGCAUGGCAGGUCGUCGUCUCCUCCAGAGAACGGGCCGAGGUAUGCGGUGGAGCAGAAGUCGAAAAUUUACCCUCGCGCUGAAAAAGCGGUGAACCAUUCAAGCAGAGGCGCUCAGGAGGCCCGAGGGCAGUCCAGUACCUCAGCUGGUGGGCACAGCAAGAAGAACAUGUCUCAGAGUCGCUACGACCAGGAUAGCUCGUCCGAUCAGUGGGAGAGCAGCGGGAGCGGCUCCAGCCGGAGUAAAUCCAAGUCCACUUGGAGACCCGUCCGUGAGGUCUUGAAUGUAGACACGGUGCUGAACGAACUGGAGCGGCGGCAGCAGCAACUGGACAGCCCGCGACACAACAAGGCUUGUCCUCAGGAAAGGGUCCACGCCGAUAGAAGCCGGGAACGAGGGAACGUACGGACCCGAGAAGACUGGAAGCAGAAGUGUCUGAUGACCAUUUAUGAGGAUGAGCAGCGGCACGAGACUGAGAGUCACAGCUCGGUCGAGUCAGAAAGCAAAACCAACCAGCAGCGAGGAACCAGGCUCAAAGGUUGUCCGAAAUCUUUACUGCGGAGUGACACCUGGACCAUCCAGAGGACGGAGUCGGGCUACGAGAGCAGCGAUCGACUCAGCAGCGGCUCCACGAAUCCUGACUCACCCGGAGUCGAUGGCUUUGCUGUUAAAGACCCGCGAACAACUCCAGAGGUUCCGACUCAGAGCCAGGUACCUCAAAAGGGAAGCGAGGCAAAGUCAAGUGUGAUGUCAUCACCGUCGCUAAAUGGUAAACAUCCAGCCAAAACUCAGGGAAAGAACCACGAGCAAGGUUCGCACUCGCAUCUCAAGUGUAGCCCGUGUUCCAGGCGAAAGCUGAAGUACACUCUCGGCUCCUCCAAAAAAGCAGCAGCAGCGGCGUCGGAGAGGGACUGCGGUUCGGAGAGCAGGCCGAGCGAGCAGCCGGAGUUGACUAACUGUAGAGGGCACGCGGCGGAAAGUACAGCCCUGAGGCAUUUCACUAAAACCAGCAGCUCAGAAUGGAACAGCUCCGACGAUCUGGCUCUCUCAGAGCCCGAGGACAGAGACUGCUCGUACCGCUCCAGCAACAGCGAGGCCGCCGCCUCCGAUUGUCCUCACGCCAACCUGCCGUACCACACUCCUCACGGCAACGUAACUAAUGAGCCUCAACCAGUAAACACUCAGCGUCAGCUCGGCACGUCAGGGUCCCCGCAUCUCCGACCCACCCAGCGGGUCGCUUCUCACCAAGGUGAAGCAAGCCAUGCCACCUUUCGCCCCAGGAUGCUUCAGGAACCGUACCCACCCGGCCUGCAUCUCUCCGCCGCCUCUUUCGUCAGUCCGCACAGGAAGCCCGACAGUUCCGGCCUUCAGAUCUUCUCGGACGGCAGCUCCAAGUCGGGCUCCGACCCGGAGAGGAGCACCCCUUCGUCGUGUGAGAGUGAAGAGAGGCCGUGCCGGGUGGAACAAGCGCCGCCACCGCAAGAGGUUUCCCUCACGACGUACUUCACCGUGGACAACUGUAUGACGGAAACGUACCGUCUGAAGUACCAUAACCAGAGGCCCCUCGUCCUCUCCGCCACCGUGCCGCGGCCGUCCGGAGCGACUGAACGCAGAGACACCAGCCACACCCUCGCUGCAGAGACGCGCACACAAGAUGCACCCAAAUCCAAAACAGAAACAAGCCAUAAUAGCAAUAAACCCACUGCAAAAUGGAACCCAGUGACGGCCAAAGGACUCGACGAGCGGGGUUUUUUAUGAGCGGUGAGUUUACAUAGAUGGACUCGGGUCAGUCGAGGAGGAACACUGGAUGCCAAAGAGUUUACAGAAUGGAAAAAAUGUUCUGAAGCGUGCCACUUCCACCCCGGGUGGACUUUAUUUAUGCAAGCUUGUCACUUUAGUGGAAACGGUCCGGGAGAAUGUCGCGUUGUUUUGUUGAGAUGGAUUAUCAACUUGUCUUCACACUGUCCCGUCGCAGAAGUUCUCCAGGGAGACCUUUUUUUUUUUUUUUUUUUUCAGCCAUCUUGAGGGCAGUUUUGAGUUUGCAUUUUUAGAUUUCAAGUGCUGCUGAAGAGAUGAUUUAAGAAAGAUUGUACAGGCAUUGGAGAAUAUUUAUAUAUUUUAAGAGACAAGGAAAUUUGUUAUUCAUUUGUAGAGUUUAUUACACAGGAUAUGAUGUCAUUCUGUGCUUUACCAAACCAGGGGUCUGAGAAUUUGCACCAUCAGACUCUGGUUUCAUGUAGCAUAUUCAAUUGCACACGUCGGGAUUUGAAAAUGAGUUAUUAGAAUGUGAAUCAUUUUCCGCUGUAGCGUCAUAACCAGAGAGCGGCGGCCCAUCGGAACACAUCUGUCGUGCGUCUGUUGUUUUUGUUGAGCGGGUUCUUACCAUCAUCCAUCAAGAGGCUUUUUCAUUUCCAGGUAUCUGGUUUGGAGUUUCCGGCAAAUAUAUUCGGGAAAAACAUUUAAAAACAAGUGGACGAGACAUACGAAACUAUUUUACUCAGACGAUUCAGGGGUUCUUUUUUGGGUCAAUGUAGUGUUUAGUAUUUCUCAUUUAAAGUCAAACAGCCUAAGGAAUAUGUGUCUGAGAUUUGAAAAAAGAGCACUUCAGGGCUCAAAUGAUGAAUUUAAUGAAUUCAAAAUCAUUUGAUAUCGGUUCUUUUGUUUCUCGCUAAUAAUUUCUAAAAGUUCUGAACCACAUCCAAAGGAAUUAUUUUGGUUGUAACAAUGGCUCAGAUCGGGAUCAGGACCAUUUCCCAGCCGACACUUUCCCCAGAAUCAUUUUACAUCCCUGAGACGAUGAGCGUCGCCGUGUUACUGUCGCUGUCGUGUCACGUGUCUGUACCUUGCACUGCCUCAGUGGGACACACCCUGCUUGAGAAGUGGGAACGUGUCUAUGUUCUGUCGUGAGGGAAAGUUUGCGUUGGCGUUGCGGCACUGCCUGUAUGUUCUGGUGAAGAGGAAGCGGAGCCAAAGGCUUCUGGAAUUACCUGUUGCUCCAUUUAAUCCAACAGGUUUUGAUCCAUUGAAAUAAGAUUGGAGUGGGCGGAGCUUCUCACCUCAAGAAUGAGGCGUAUGAGGAGUGCUGCUUUUUAACCUCACUACAGUUGAUUGUGUCUCUGUUUCACAGUCGAAUAUGCGCUGGAUAAAUAGUUUCCUUUACAUUUGACUUAAAAACCUCAUCUAUAAUGCAUUAUUACUACAUUCAUAUGACAUCAUUAUGCAUUUUAAGGCUUUAAAUGACAUGAUGAUGAAGAUUCAUAACAGCUUUAUAGCAGCACUCUGAUGUCUUGUGAAUGCAGUAUUAAGAUGUGACCUUUACUGUAAAGUGAAGGCUUCUCUGGGGGUUUAUAAAGUGGUGCCUGUUUCAGUGAGACUGACCCAGUAUGACUAUUUUUCUGGAUGUGGUCCAAGCUUUUGGCCCAGACUCUGAACUCACUCUUACAAAAAGGUUUGUCGGCGACUCCAGCACCAGUUAGACAUGAAAAGGCCCCUCCACUAUGUCCCCCUCUCCACUGUGUCGCCUCCACUCGCGGCAGGUUUUUUUUCGAAGCACCGCUCACACGUCUAUGUACAGAUUACGUUUUGCAUGAGCCUCAAUCCUUCUAUAGAAAAGGACCCGCCUUCAGGUUUAUGAGUCGGUGUCACUCCUGGUUUGCACCUCACAGACCACCCUUGUAUUUCACGUCUCCCUCUUGGUGUUUUCCGCCUGAGCGUGCAGAAUGACUCGUUGCAUGUGGCCUUUCACCUCGUCUGAUAGCUGCUUGUACAGCGGCUGCAUGAGCAUGAACAAAACCAGUAAUUCAAUAUUUGAUUGGGAUUUAUAUAUAUACAUAUAUAUACAGCAGAUGUAAUAAUUCAUAUUUAAAGUCAAUUUAGGAAUACUAUUUUUUUCUUCCUGUUUAUGCAACUGUUUCAGACCUAAGCUACACACGUUAUGCAUUCGUUUCAAAUGAUCUCCUCCUUUGUUUAUUUUUCUACUGACAACAAAACUGUAAUUGUUUCAAGACUACCGGCAUUAUAAAUUUAACACAGGCCAAGUCCUUAAUUCAAGUAAUAUAAUAGAAAUGAUAUUUUAUUUUUUUCCACAAAUGAGACUUGUGUACAUUUGUUUUAUUUAUCCUGCCUUGUUCUGUAUUUCUAAAAAUUCUGACGCCUUUUUUUUCCCCCCUUUUCUGUCGCCAAGUGCUCAUUUUCUUCUUCUGUCCUGUUGUUUUACCGUCUCUCACAAAUGGCCGAGGGUAACGUCUUAAACCAAGUCGAGUGAUUCAAGGACCUAUUUCUUGUGCUUCUUCCUCUAUGUCAACAGCAGCUCAGAUGUCACAUGUGUUGGUCACAUGAUGCGCACACGGCGAUGAUGCAGAAUCCCUUGUAUGGUCUUCCUUCAGUGCAUUUAUUGUUCUUCAAGUGUCUGAGUGGUUUACAUGGAGUCUCGAACUGGUCCGCCUCCACGGUUAGCUUAGCAUGCUACUAGAUUUUUUUUGUAGCUUGACAAGCCAGCCAAGUCUUUUUUAGGGGGGGACACCCUGGACAGCAUGCCAGUCCGUCACAUCUCACCACAGGCUUGUUUGUGCGGGUUCUAGCUUAGCAGCGAAGGCCCUGGGGCUGUUUUUAUUUUUGGGAUGUGGAGUGGAGGAAAGAGUGUUGUGUUCCCCCAUCUUCACACCUGUUGCUGUAAAUACUGUUGUUUUUUUCUGGAGGCUCCAUCGUAUCAAGAGUGCCUUUCUGACUCUCGUGAGACCACAUCGAAGCGGAUGAAUGAAACCCCGGAUUGAUGUCAAGCUAAACUCUCAAUAUGCAGCACUGACAUGUCUGAUCAAGCAGCUUCAACCCUCUUGGCGACUCAGUGUGAUGGAAAUCAGCUGUAAAAUAAACCUUUUCUUCUGUUGCAUGUGUACAAAAUAUGUAAAAUGGAGUUUGUGUCACAUAACCUCACAGAUGCCAUCGGUUCCCUCUUGCGCCUUUUUUACCUCGUCAUCAUUCGAGUUCUUCCACAAGGUGUCUCUCUCUCUCUCUCUCUUUCUUCCUCUUCCUCUCUUCCUCUGAUAAGUUUCUGGCCUUGUACAUAUGAUCCCUGUGGUUCAUGAGUGGAAUUGAGAUGACGGUGCUCCAUUGGAUCCUUAUGUGAGUACAGGAACAUGUCAAAUCUGUCUGCACUUUAUAUUUUUGUACAUAAUAUAUAUUUAUUUUUAUUUAUUGUUGAAUAAAGUCUGAUUAUUGUAUCACUCA